AUGAUUGAUCGAGCUCCCAGCAUUCCAACAAAGUGUGGGAAGAGGACGCCGAUUGCUGCUGAAGGCUCAUUCGAUGAGCCGCUUUCAGAAAUUGUCUACUGCACUGGCUGUCCUGAUGAGGAUUUGCGGCUCAGAAGGCUUCACUAUGCGGCAUUCGAAAUAUACACUGUCGAAAAAAAAUUCGUUGCACAACUGGAACUGAUUGCUGUGAAGUAUCCUGAGUUCAUUGCUCAAUAUGGAGAAGCGUGUGGAUGUGAUUUAUUAAAACCGUCAGUAAGCGGAGAUACUCAUUUGAUCAGACGAAUAUCGGUGCAGUUGUUGAUGGUAAAAGAAGCGCACAAGGUUCUGCUAGAAAAAAUCUCAGCAAGAAUCGCCAAUUGGGAUUCGCGUAAUCCAAACAUGGCAGAAUGCUUAAAAAAUGGAGCUGGCUUUCUGAAGUAUUGUCUGCCUUAUCUGAAAGAGAAAACGAAACAUGUUGACGAUUUGUUGAGACUUCUUCAAGACAAUGAAGAACUGAAGCGUGCAACAGCAAAGGUAAAAUUAGUGUGUGUGUGUGUGUGUGUGUGUUCGAGUGUAUGUAUGUAUAUGUGUGUGUGUGUGUGUGUGUGUGUGUGUGUGUGUGUGUGCCCGAGUGCAUUUUGUCCCACAUUUUCAACUUAGGG